CAAUUCGUGCUGUCAAAUAUGGCGGAGGUCAAGGCAAAUAGUGCUCCGGGUAUUGACCACGUCGAGCUGCGCAGAGACGUCCUGUCCAGCUCUACCAAGCGCAGAAUCGCCAAGCUGCGUCACGUAGAGCAGCUCUUCCACGACAACGAGCUUCCUUCUGCCGACGCAAAAUCCAUCCUCCUCGUCCUCUUCGAUACCUACCCGCUAUACAUAGACCGCGAGUCGCGCCGAGCUGUCCAUCAAUGCCUUCGAGCCGUUGCCGCCAGCCCGCUCGCCGACGAGCUGCUGCCCGGCACGGUCAAAUUCCUCCAGAAUGAGUCCGCCAAAUCGAGCGUUGCGCCCGCCAGCUUCUUCAGCCUCUCGGAGUGGUGUUCUGUCUUGCUGCAGGAGUUUGGAGCAAAGGACAGCCUUUGGAGUAAAUACGGAAUCCAAGUCGUGACCGCGGAUGCUGCCAUCCUGGCCACCUGCCUGGGUUCGGCGAGUCGUGAGGGUUUGAAGCACUCGGCACUGGUUGUCACACGGCGAGCUCUGCGGCGUGUCUUCAAAAAUGAGGCCAUUGGCAAGGAUGCCAUCCAUAAGUCUGUGGCCACUCUGACCACCAAAGGUCCCUCUCCCACCGCCAGAAACGCUGUAUUCUUGGGCAUUAUCGCUGGUGUCUGCUCGCGGCUCCCCGCCUCUGAGCCUGUCUUGGCGGAGAAGAAGAGUGACUACUACGCAUUCUACGUGCGGGAGCUUAUUGGAUCUCGAACCGUACUACCGAAGCAUAUCACCAGUGGCCUUCAUGAUUUCUUCAGCGCAUUUACCACUCUGGAGGAUCUGCAAAAGGAAAUCAUUCCUUCAGUGGAGAAGGCAUUGUUGAGAGCGCCGGAAGUCGUUCUCAAUGAGCUCAUCGCUCCCAUGUUCCGCUCGCUUCCUCCUACCAUAGAUCUGUCGGAGGUGCUCCAGAAAAACCUUUUAAAGCCGCUUCUGUCUAGUAUUAAGUCGACAAACGCAACAAUUAGGACCGGAGCUCUUACUACAUUUGAAGCACUUGCCGCUCGGUCUGCCAAUGACGAUGUCCUGGAUAAGGUUGCGGAUGAGGUUCUCAACCCUCUUAAGCAGAACAAGGUCACGGUUGCAGAGCAAAAGUCCAUUCAUGCUCAGAUGCUAGCUUCUUUGAAGCCCUCGGAGGCUCUCGCUAAGAAAAUCCCUGCUGGUCUCGCGCCAGUGGCAUUAAAGGAACCUAAUGAGGCCGCUAUUGCCGCGGAGACCCGUGCUAUCUCGAAGCAUCUUGAACACACGCUUGUGGGCGGAGCCACUGUUGAACCUACAGUUGCAGACGCUUUCGUGAAGGGUCUCGCUGAUAAGAGGUUGUCAGUCCGCAAAGUAUGGGCUUUGCGUAUCGGCGAGCUUCUUUGGAGCCUAAGUGAUGAACAGACGCGCCAGCCAUCUGUAAUUUCCUUUGUACAAGCGUUUCUGCAGAAACUGCUGGACAUAUGGCAAGAAGUUGUCGCGAACCCUAUUCCGGCAGUCCAGAGUGGCUUGGUGACUGUAGCGUACAUUGCUACAGCAUUCGGGCUCUCGAAGUGGGCUAGUUUCGAAGAUGACAAGAUCAAUGCGGCCUUGAAGAAGGCUUCUAUUGCGAAGAACGCUUUGGUCGCUGACCCUAAGCCUUCGUUCUUGCUCAACCAUAGGGUCUACUCCAAGUUGGCUGGAGAAGAAGACCUUACAUGGGGACUCCGUGCUCUCGCAUCGGUCACUUCUAACAUUGCAGAAUCCACUGACAUGGCUGCCGUAGAGGAUGCCUGGUCACAGGCUUUCUUGUACUUCAUUACGGCGUCGGGUGUUCCUGCAAGUGUACGGCAAGAGGCAACACAAACUCUUUCCCAAGCCUACGCGCGCUACCCGGCACGGAUCGCUCACAUUAUAGUUAAUGGCCUUUGGAGAUGGCGCCGUGAUGUCGAAGUAAACGAAAAAGACGUCGCCGCGACGGUUGCCAAGACGGGGAACAAUGAGCUUUACCUUGCUUUAAGGGCCAUAUGCCUCACUCCCGCGGAAAUGAGCAAGCUCGAGGGAACUGUGGACGAUUCUGUCAUCCACACGCAACUCAUUGACCUUCUCGUUUUGGCUCGCCCAAUGAUGUUACCACGCGUGUCAUGGAUCGAUACUUGUUUGAGGACAGGCACAGACCCUGGAAGCUUGGUAGCAAAGGAACUCGACAGAUGCUUCCAAUCAAUCAUCAGUGCUACAGAGGGGACCUCAUCGAUCCACACACCAACAGUGAGGCAAGCUGCUUAUAACGCUGCGGCUGAACUUGCGUUCGUUGCUCCUGAUCAAGCAAUACCGAGGUUGGUGGAACAGGUCAAGGGGGAUCUCGACCCUCAGUUGCUUAGUGAUGUCGGUCCCACUGAAGCGGCUAUCUUCCGUACGCCUGAGGGCCAAGUUUUCCUUGACCCGCUUGCAAAGAAGCAGAACCAAGUUCCAGACAAGGGUAGCAAAGACUACGACACCUGGAAAUGGGAGCAGGAGCUUCGUGACCAACUCGCCCAGAAGAAGGGACAGACGAAGAAGCUCACCCCCGAGGAACAAGGCAAAGUCAAAGCACAGCUUGAAAAAGAAUCGAAGAUCCGCCAGCAAGUCACCGCAGUCGAAGCAAAACUUCAGCGCGGCGUGGGUAUCGUCAAAGCCCUGGCUACUGGGCCACCCACUGAGGCAAACUUGUGGCUCGGCCCUACCAUUGAUGCUCUUCUGCAAGCUAUGGAUGCUGGAGCGGGUCUGGUCAUAGCGGAAGCCCCGACUUCCACUUACAUUGCCAUCGCUGAGCGUAUCUCGACAAGACUGGGUGUUCACAGGCCCUUCUUUGGAGUUGCUACCCUUCGUGCUAUGGGCAUGCCAUUUUUGCCUGCUGGUCUUGACGAGGAGCCGCUCGGCGAUCUCGUUACGAGGUUGCUGUAUCGCCUUAGAUUCUUGUGUGAACAGCGCCCACUGGACAGCGUCUCGCUGACAUAUAUUCUACCUCUCGCUUUCUUGGUGCUUGAAAAGGGAGCUAUUGACAAGAAGGAAGAAGAAGAAAUUGACGAACAAAUCGUCCUUGCAUUGGAAUUUAUCUCAUUCCAUACCACUUCUUGUUCCGACAAGACACUGCCACGCCGCAAGCUCUUCUCCGUCCUUGUCUCGGCUAUGCAGAGAUUCACGCAGCACUUCAAGCUGAUCAGAGAUUGCUUGAUGGAUCUCUGCAGGGGCAUUGGAUCUGACCUUACCGAACAGGAAACCUUGGCUCUGGCCAAGGGAGCUAUUGUUCCGCAGGUCGCCGUCAGGACAUCCGUCCUCCAAGCCAUUGACGAAGAGGUUGAUAUCAUAGAUAUCGACUUCUCCGAGGAGAUUUGGCUUGCGUGCCAUGAUGAUGUGGAUGAGAACGUCGAGCUCGCCAAAUCCAUUUGGGAAGCGAACGCCCUUGAAUUGACCGCAGAUGCUGCUUUCAAAAUGCUUCCAUACGUCGAAUCUGUCGACAAGCAACUGCGCAGGGCUGCUGCUCGCUCCAUUGCUGAGUGUAUUAGUGUCAAGCCUGAAAUCUUUGAUGAGAUUAUUAGUCAGUUGCAAGGCACUUACAAGGAAAAGGCCAAGCCGAGGGUUCCCGAGCGGGAUGAGUACGGAAUGCCUAAGAAGAUGGAUCUGACCGACCCGUGGGAGGCCAGGAACGGCAUUGCUCUGGUUUUCCGUGAGCUUGCUAGCCAGUUCAAGGCUGAAGACCUGGAGCAGUUCAUGGCCUUCCUUAUCGAAAACGGUCCCCUUGGAGACAGGAGCGCUAGCGUCCGUGAUGAGAUGAUCGAAGCUGCUAUCGCAAUUAUUGCUGCCCGUGGUCAGCUGAAGGUCGAAGAGCUCAUGGGCGUCUUCGAGCGUACCCUUGAAGCUCCUGACCAAGGCUCCGAGACCUAUGACAAGAUCAACGAGGCUGUCAUUAUCCUUUACGGCGCGUUGGCCCGCCAUCUUAAGCCCGGCGACGACCGUAUCCCCAAGGUCGUACAACGGCUUCUUCAGACUCUGAGUACACCAUCCGAGUCUGUCCAGUAUGCGGUCGCCGAGUGCCUUCCCCCUCUGGUCCAAGUGCUGGGCGGAGAGGUCAAGGACUUUGUUCAGCAGAUCAUGGAUGAAUUGCUCCAAUCCAAGAAGUACGCUGCUCGUAGAGGUGCUGCCUACGGUUUGGCCGGUAUCGUCCGCGGAAAGGGCCUGGCUGUACUGCGCGAGUACCGCAUCAUGUCUACGUUGACCGGUGCGGCUGAAAACAAGAAGGAUACGAACCAGAGGCAGGGUGCGUUCCUUGCGUACGAGCUUCUCUCUCUCAUUCUCGGUCGCAUCUUCGAGCCGUACGUCAUUCAGAUUGUGCCGCAAUUGCUCGCUGGCUUCGGCGAUACCAGCGCAGAUGUCAGAGAAGCCUGUCUGGAUGCUGCGAAGGUCUGCUUCGGUAACUUGAGCUCUUAUGGUGUCCAACAGAUCCUUCCUACGCUUCUUGAAGGAUUGGAUGAGCAGCAAUGGCGUAGCAAGAGGGGUGCUUGUGACUCCUUGGGUGCCAUGGCCUAUUUGGCUCCGCAACAGCUGGCUCUUAGUCUGCCUGAAAUUAUUCCUCCUUUGACCACCGUCCUGAACGAUUCUCACAAGGAGGUCCGGGCUUCAGCCAAGCGGAGCUUGCAACGCUUCGGUGAAGUCAUCAGCAACCCUGAGAUCAAGAGCGUUGUCGACAUUCUCCUCAAGGCUCUCAGUGACCCUACGAAGUACACGGACGACGCUCUCGAUUCUCUCAUCAAGGUUUCGUUCGUGCACUACCUGGACGCACCGUCUUUGGCUCUCGUCGUCCGUAUUCUCGAACGUGGUUUGGGCGACAGGUCCGCGACCAAGCGCAAGGCCGCACAGAUCAUUGGCAGCUUGGCUCAUCUCACGGAGCGCAAGGAUCUUGUCGCUCAUCUGCCAAUUCUUGUUGCUGGUCUAAGGGUUGCGAUUAUCGAUCCUGUUCCUACCACUCGUGCCACCGCCUCCAAGGCACUUGGUUCGACUGUGGAGAAGCUGGGCGAGGAUGCUCUUCCCGACCUCAUUCCCAGCCUCAUGUCUACUCUCAAGUCAGACACCGGCGCUGGCGACAGAUUGGGUUCCGCCCAGGCUCUUUCCGAAGUCCUGGCGGGUCUGGGUACUUCUCGUCUGGAGGAGACUCUGCCCACCAUUCUUCAGAACGUGGCCAGCUCCAAGCCCUCCGUUCGCGAAGGUUUCAUGUCUCUGUUCAUUUUCUUGCCUGCUUGCUUCGGUAACAGCUUUGCAAACUAUCUCGCCAAGAUUAUCCCGCCAAUCCUUGCAGGUCUGGCAGAUGAUGUGGAAUCUAUCCGCGAGACCGCUCUCCGUGCCGGUCGCCUCUUGGUCAAGAACUUCGCGACCCGUGCCAUCGACCUGCUUCUUCCUGAGCUUGAGCGUGGUCUUGCCGAUGACAGCUACCGCAUUCGUCUCAGUUCCGUCGAAUUGGUCGGUGACUUGCUGUUCAACCUUACGGGUAUUUCCGGUAAGGAGCAAGAAGAGGCCGAAGAGGGCGCCAGGGAAGCAGGCCAAUCGCUACUCGAAGUUCUUGGCGAAGAUAGGCGCAAUAAGGUGCUUUCCUCGCUGUACAUCUGCCGCUGCGAUACCUCCGGCCUUGUCCGUACUGCUGCCAUCAACGUCUGGAAGGCUCUUGUGGCUAGCCCGCGUACCCUUCGCGAUCUCAUCCCGACUCUUACACAAAUCAUCAUCCGCCGCCUUGCCAGCUCCAACAUGGAACACAAGGUCAUUGCUAGCAAUUCUUUGGGAGAACUUAUCCGCAAGGCUGGUGAAGGCGUUCUCUCCACCCUCCUUCCCACGCUUGAAGAAGGAUUGCAGACGUCCACGGAUAGUGACGCCAGACAGGGUAUCUGUAUUGCCCUCCGCGAGCUCAUCUCGUCGGCUGCUCCGGAUUCUCUCGAGGAUCACGAGAAGACGCUCAUCUCUGUGGUACGCACUGCACUGGUUGAUUCUGAUGAGGAGGUUCGUGAGGCUGCUGCCGAGGCUUUCGACACACUCCAGCGCAUUCUUGGCAAGCGGGCAGUCGACCAAGUGUUGCCCUUCCUCCUCAACCUCCUUCGUUCCGAGGACGAGGCCGCAAAUGCGUUGUCUGCUCUUCUUACGCUUCUCACCGAAGAGACCAGAUCGAACAUCAUCUUGCCAAACUUGUUGCCUACGCUUAUCACCUCGCCUAUCUCUGCGUUCAAUGCUCGCGCCAUCGCUUCUCUUGCCCAGGUGGCUAGCAGGGCUAUGUCUCGCAAGCUCCCGCAUAUUCUCAACGCGCUUAUGGACAACAUUGUCACCUGCAAGGACGAUGAAUUGCGUGCAGAGCUCGACUCGUCUUUCGAUACCGUCUUGGUUUCUGUCGAUGAGUACGAUGGUCUGAACACUGCCAUGAGCGUCAUGUUGGCUCUCGCGAAGAACGAUGACCACAAGAAACGCCAGACGGCCGACAUUCACCUUGCUACCUUCUUCGCCAAGGCUCAGGUGGACAUGUCUCGCUACUACCCCGAUCUUAUCCGUGCUCUGCUUGUCGCCUUUGCUGACAGCGAUCCGGCGGUUGUCAAGGCGGCUUGGUCUGCUUUGAGUGCGUUGACCGCUCGUCUGAGGAAGGAGGAGAUGGAGUCGCUCGUUAUCUCUACGCGCCAGGUACUCCAACAGGUUGGCGUUGCUGGCUCGAACUUGCCCGGCUUCAAUCUGCCAAAGGGCAUCAACGCCAUCCUGCCGAUUUUCCUGCAAGGUUUGAUGAACGGUACGCCCGAACAGCGCACCCAGGCUGCUUUGGCGAUAUCGGACAUCAUCGAUCGCACAAGCGCAGAGGCUCUGCGUCCUUCUGUGACACAAAUCACCGGUCCUUUGAUUCGUGUCGUUUCGGAGCGUUCAGUCGACGUCAAGGCUGCCAUCUUGUACACCUUGAACAACCUGCUUGAGAAGAUUCCCACGUUCCUCAAGCCUUUCUUGCCACAGCUGCAGAGAACCUUUGCCAAGUCUUUGGCCGACACCACGAGCGAGAUUUUGCGUAUCCGUGCCGCCAAGGCUCUCGGAACUCUCAUCACGCUUACUCCCCGUAUUGAUCCUCUGAUCGCUGAGCUGGUUACUGGAUCAAAGACUUCGGAUCACGGUGUGAAGACUGCAAUGACAAAGGCUUUGUACGAGGUUGUCAGCAAGGCCGGUAAGAGCAUGAACGAGGCUUCGAGAAACGCCAUUCUAGGCCUGAUUGAUGCCGAUGUGUCUGAGGCCGACGAUGCCAUGCAAAUCCAGAACGCGCGUCUGCUGGGCGCAUUGGUCAAGGUUUUGCCUGCGGAGACUGCGGAAAGCUUGAUCAAGAACCGUGUCUUGGCCCCCACCUUCAGCAAGUCGUCGGUGCUGGCUAUCAACUCCAUUCUUCUCGAGUCUCCUGAGACCUUGACUGUGGCGCAUGGAGAACAGACCGUGGAAGUUAUCGCGAAGGGCAUCCGCGAGCCGCAGCCCGUCAUUGCCGACAACUGCGUGCUGGCUGCCGGUAAGUACUUCCUGACCGAGUCGAGCAACAAAUCUUUCGACGCAACGAAGGAGAUCUUCGAGUCUUUGGCGGCCGUCAUCCCGCCUGGCAAUCCUUCGGAUACGCGCCGCUUGGCGCUCGUCGUCAUCCGCACCGUUAGCCGCGAGCAUAACGAACUCGUUCGCCCGCAUCUGGCGCUGCUUGCGCAACCAGUCUUCGCCAGCGUGCGAGACAUGGUUAUUCCUGUCAAGCUGGCGGCCGAGGCUGCGUUCCUGGCUAUUUUCGACGUCGUCAUGGAGGAGGGCGCAGUGUUUGAGAAGUACAUGGCUGGCCCUGGCGCCAGCCUUGCAGCUGGCCCGAAGAGGAGCAUGCAAGAGUACUUCAAGAGAAUUGCGAUGAGACUGGCCGCGCAGGCCAAGGAGAGGAAGGAGGCCGAGGGCGGACAGGGUGGACUGGGACUGAGCAGUGAUGAGGUGGAGGAUGAGAGAGAGGUUUGGUCGGUCGGAAAGGUUGAUCUGGGCGAGGGCGGGCUUGAAGAUUAGUGGAAAGUGUAUAUGAGCUUCAGCGCAAUGUCAUACGAUGUUCAGUUGUUACAUAUAUAGAUGCCGGGUC